AUGUCAGACCCUCAUCGCGAUGUAUCGCAAUACAAGUACUCGGCCAUGUCCAACCUGGUCCUCCAGGCGGACCGUCGGUUUGUCACACGACGAACUGACGAGGCUACGGGCGACCCUGAAUCUCUUGCUGGACGAUUGAGCAUCAAGGACAUGGGCGCCAGAGUUGCGCGGGAUGAGGCACCAAAGCAGAAGAAGCAACCUGGAAUGCCCGACAUCGAAAGAGGUGCUCUAAAAGAGGGUGAAGAUGUUCUACUUAGAGAACAGCGGAGACGGAAAGCGGAGGCACAACAGCGGAGAGGAACUGGUGUUCUCGGCGCAAACGAUGCUUUGAUUGAGGGCAUUACAUAUCGGCCACGAACGCAAGCAACACGCGUCACUUUCGAUUUAAUACUGACUUUAGUUGCCAAAAACUUGGGCGACGUGCCUCAGGAGGUUGUCCGCAGCGCGGCCGAUGCCGUGUUGGAGUAUCUGAAAGAUGAUGACUUGAAGGAUUUGGACAAGAAGCGGGAAAUCGACGAUAUACUGGGAUCAACUUUGAAUCCUAAACAGUUCAACGAGCUCGUCAAUCUGGGAAAGAAGAUAACCGACCACGACGCGCAAGACGAUGAUGAAGAUGUUAAUAUGGGCGAUACUAAUGGCGAUGAUGCUGAGAUUGAUGAGCGCCAAGGUGUUGCCGUAGCUUUUGACGAGGACGAGGACGAAGAUAAAAUUAUUAACGAGGUCCGGGACGAAUCCUCCGAGGACGAAGAGGGUGAAGACGAAGAUGACGCAAAUGGCGAGGCCUCUGGACCUAAACCAGUUGAGGACCUGGAUGACGACGAAAUGGUCCUGGACACAGGCCCAGGAGGUGCCAAAAGAAAAAGCGAAGAGAAGAGCUCGAUAUCUGCUCGAGAUGUUGACGCGUUUUGGCUGCAGCGCCAGAUCGGUACUCUGUAUCCCGACGCUCAUGAACAAUCGAACAAGACCAAAGAAGCUCUUCGUAUCCUUUCUGGUGAACCGGAUGAGCCCGAAGGUGAAGAGAAAUCUCUGCGGGAAAUAGAAAACGACCUCAUGGAAUUGUUCGAUUUUGAGCAUCAUGAGCUUGUGCAGAAACUUGUCGAAAACAGAGAAAAAGUCUUUUGGCUGACGAAGCUGGCACGUGCGGAGUCUGCUGAAGACCGUGAAAAUGUCGAACGCGAGAUAGUCUCUGAAGGCCUUCAGUGGAUUUUGAACGAGUUACGAGGCAAAGCCAACGCCGGAGAUGACAGGAAAGGAAGGGUAGACAUCAAGAUGGAUAUUGCAGUGCCCGCUUCGUUCAACGCUGAAGCGCCAAAGCAAGAACGAUCAGAGGGACAAUUGGUUGGAGGUCUACAACCCAAGAAAGUUGUCAAUCUUGACAACCUGGUGUUUGAUCAAGGUAAUCAUCUCAUGACAAAUGCCAAGGUCCGAUUGCCAGAAGGCUCUACGAAGAGAUCCUUCAAGGGCUACGAGGAGAUUCAUGUUCCACCACCCAAGAAGAGAAACGAGCCUGGAGAUGUCCUGAUUCCCAUUACCGAUAUGCCCGAGUGGUCGCGUCUUCCAUUCAGCACUGCCAAGUCUCUGAACAAAAUUCAGUCGAAAUGCUACCCUUCGGCUUUCCAGGACGACGGCAACAUGCUUGUGUGUGCCCCCACUGGUAGUGGUAAGACAAACGUUGCGAUGUUGACCAUUCUGCGAGAGAUUGGCAAGAACAGAAACCCAGAGACCGGUGACAUUGAACUGGAUGCUUUCAAAAUUGUGUACAUUGCUCCCUUGAAGGCUCUGGUCCAGGAACAAGUUGGCAACUUCGGGAAGAGACUUGAGCCCUAUGGUGUUCGUGUUUCCGAGUUGACCGGCGAUCGACAGCUCACCAAGCAGCAAAUUGCCGAGACUCAGAUCAUUGUCACUACACCUGAGAAGUGGGAUGUCAUCACCAGAAAGUCCAAUGACCUCACGUACACAAACCUCGUUCGACUCGUGAUUAUCGAUGAAAUUCACUUGCUACACGACGACCGUGGUCCUGUUCUGGAGAGUAUCGUCGCCCGAACCAUCAGGAAGACGGAACAAACCGGCGAGCCUGUUCGGAUUGUCGGAUUAUCUGCUACCUUGCCUAACUACAAGGACGUGGCGAGCUUUUUGCGUUGUGAUAUCAAAAAGGAUCUCUUCCACUUUGACAGUACUUUUAGACCUUGCCCGCUACGCCAGGAGUUCAUUGGCGUCACGGACCGCAAGGCUAUCAAACAGUUGAAGACCAUGAAUGACGUCACUUACAACAAGGUCAUGGAGCAUGUUGGUUCAAACAGGAACCAAAUGAUCAUAUUUGUUCAUUCAAGGAAAGAGACUGCAAAGACUGCCAAGUACAUCCGAGAUAAAGCCCUUGAGUUGGACACCAUUAAUCAAAUCCUUCGACAUGACGCGGGAAGUCGAGAGGUUCUCAACGAAGCCGCCAGCCAGGCAAACGAUGCAGAUCUCAAAGAUAUAUUGCCGUAUGGGUUCGGUAUCCAUCACGCCGGUAUGAACAGAGUCGACAGAGCUGAUGUGGAAGAUCUCUUUGCGAGUGGUGCCAUUCAAGUUUUGGUGUCAACGGCCACCCUCGCUUGGGGUGUCAAUUUGCCUGCCCAUACAGUUGUUAUCAAGGGUACCCAGGUCUACUCGCCAGAAAAGGGUAGCUGGGUCGAGUUAAGCCCUCAAGACGUCCUCCAGAUGCUUGGUCGUGCAGGUCGGCCGCAGUUUGACACCUAUGGUGAAGGUAUUAUCAUCACAACCCAGACCGAAAUUCAAUACUACCUCUCGCUGCUCAACCAGCAGCUGCCUAUUGAAAGUCAGUUUGUCAGCAAAUUAGUGGACAACCUAAACGCCGAAAUUGUGCUAGGAAAUGUCAGGACCCGCGAUGAAGGUGUUGAGUGGCUAGGAUAUACCUAUCUCUUUGUUCGGAUGCUUCGAUCCCCAGGACUCUAUCAAGUUGGAGCUGAGUACGAAGAUGACGAUGCUCUGGAGCAGAAACGGGUCGACCUUAUCCAUUCCGCUGCGUUGAUGCUGCGCAAGUCGAAUCUUAUCAAAUAUGACGAAAAGUCGGGCAAGCUGCAAUCUACCGAAUUGGGUCGAAUCGCCUCACAUUACUACAUCACUUCUACAUCCAUGGAUACCUAUAACAACCUUAUUCAGCCCUCUAUUACCACAAUCGAGCUUUUCCGUGUCUUUGCUCUGAGCGCUGAGUUCAAAUACAUUCCCGUGCGGCAGGAUGAGAAGCUUGAGUUGGCAAAGCUCAUGGGCAGGGUACCUGUCCCCGUUAAGGAGAGCAUAGAAGAGCCGCAUGCAAAGAUCAACGUUCUCCUGCAAGCAUACAUCUCUCGACUCAAACUUGAGGGACUUGCUCUUAUGGCGGAUAUGGUAUACGUCACUCAGAGUGCCGGACGUAUCUUGCGUGCUGUCUUUGAAAUUGCUCUUAGGAAAGGCUGGGCUUCUGUUGCGAAGACUGCGCUGGAUCUGUGUAAGAUGGCUGAGAAACGCAUGUGGCCAACUAUGUCACCUUUGCGCCAGUUCCCUACUUGCUCUAAAGAUAUAAUUCAGAAGGCAGAGCGGAUCGACGUUCCGUGGAGCAGCUACUUUGACCUCGACCCUCCUCGCAUGGGCGAGUUACUCGGCAUGCCCAAGGCUGGGAGAGCCGUUUGUGGCUUUGUCGCCAAGUUCCCGAGAGUCGAUGUUCAAGCUCAAGUCCAGCCAAUGACACGGUCAAUGCUUAGAGUAGAACUCAGCAUCACUCCUAAUUUCGAGUGGGAUGACAGUCUGCACGGCGCUGCUGAGAGUUUCUGGGUAAUCGUUGAAGACUGUGACGGCGAGGACAUUUUGUUCCAGGAUACGUUCCUUUUGCGCAAGUACUAUGCCGAGUCCGAGUCGAAUGAGCACGUUGUUGACUUCACCGUCCCCAUCACCGACCCAAUGCCUCCCAACUACUUUGUGUCUGUAAUUUCAGACAGAUGGAUGCACUCGGAGACAAGACUAGCCGUCCCAUUCCACAAGCUCAUUCUGCCGAAUAAAUUCCCGCCUCACACCGAACUCUUGGAAUUGCAGCCUCUCCCUGUUUCUGCCCUGAAGGUCUCUAAUUAUGUUGAAUUGUACCCUCAUUGGACCCAAUUCAACCGGAUUCAGACCCAAACCUUCAACUCCUUGUACAAGACUGAUCAGAAUGUCUUUAUUGGCGCCCCGACCGGCAGUGGCAAAACGGUGUGUGCCGAGUUUGCCAUUCUUCGCCACUGGACGCAGGGUGGUGAUGGUCGAACGGUCUACAUUGCCCCCUUCCAGGAGGUUGUUGACGCCAGGCUACAAGACUGGCAGAAGAGACUGGCACAUCUGAACGGCGGAAAGGAGAUUGUCAAGCUGACUGGAGAGACCGCUACCGACUUGAAGCUUUUGGAGAAGGGUGACCUUAUCUUGGCGACACCAACGCAGUGGGAUGUGCUGUCCAGGCAGUGGAAGAGACGCAAGAAUGUCCAAACUAUUCAGCUGUUCAUUGCCGACGACAUCCAUAUGCUUGGAGGUUAUAUGGGCUAUGUCUACGAGAUCAUUGUCUCGCGCAUGCACUACAUUCGGACGCAGACAGAAUUGCCGAUGCGCAUCAUUGCAUUGAGUGUCUCCUUGGCAAAUGCGCGAGACGUAGGUGAGUGGAUUGACGCAAAGAAACAUGACAUUUACAACUUCAGUCCGCAUGUUAGACCUGUGCCACUGGAGCUGCACGUUCAGUCUUACUCGAACUCUCAUUUCCCGUCCCUCAUGCUGGCUAUGGCGAAGCCUGCCUACCUCGCCAUCAGUCAGAUGUCUCCGGACCAGCCAGCCAUGAUUUUCGUAUCUAGCCGCAAGCAAGCAAGACAAACGGCAAGAGAUUUGCUUGCCGCUUGCGUUGCGGAUGAUGAUGAGGACCGCUUCCUGCACGCCGAGGUAGAGCAGAUGCGACCACUUCUGGACCGUGUCCAUGAGGAAGCUUUGGCCGAGGCGCUCUCACAUGGUAUUGGAUACUACCACGAGGCCCUGAGCCAGAAUGACAAGCGCAUUGUCAAGCAUUUAUACGAUAAUGGAGCUAUUCAGGUACUCGUUGCCUCACGGGACACAUGCUGGGAGCUGACCAGCACAGCGCACCUUGUCAUUGUCAUGGGCACUCAGUACUUUGAGGGAAGGGAACAUCGAUAUGUGGACUACCCACUCAGUGAAGUAUUGCAAAUGUUUGGCAAGUCCUUGAAGCCGUCCAAGGAUGGAAGAGGACGCGGCGUUCUGAUGGUUCCCUUGGUAAAGCGUGAGUAUUACAAGAAGUUCUUGAACGAAGCUCUGCCUGUCGAGUCACACCUCCACAACUACCUUCAUGAUGCUUUUGUGACGGAAAUCAGCACAAAGAUGAUCGAAUCCGGUGAUGAUGCCAUCAACUGGACCACGUUCACCUACUUUUAUCGCCGACUGCUUGCCAACCCUAGCUACUACAGCUUGACCAGCACCACCCACGACGGCCUCAGCAAUUACAUGUCUGACCUCGUGGAGACAACAUUGCGAGAGCUGAGCGAGUCCAAGAUCAUUGACUUUGACGAAGAGGACGGGAGUGUCUCGCCUCAAAACGCGGCCAUGAUUGGCGCGUACUACAACAUCUCUUACGUUACAAUGCAGACUUUCCUACUGUCGUUGAGCGGACGAACCAAGUUGAAGGGAAUUCUUGAGAUUGUCGCCUCCGCCACUGAGUUUGAAUCGAUUCAAGUGCGACGCCAUGAAGAGAGUCUGCUUCGCCGCAUUUACGACAGAGUCCCCGUCAAGAUGUCGCAACCUGUGUAUGACUCGCCUCAUUUCAAGGCCUUUGUCCUUCUUCAAGCACACUUCUCCAGGAUGCAGCUUCCUAUUGAUCUGGCGACGGACCAGGAAACGCUGCUGUCAAGAGUACUCAGCCUCCUAAGUGCCAUGGUUGAUGUUCUGUCGUCCGAUGGCCACCUCAAUGCCAUGAACGCCAUGGAGAUGUCUCAAAUGGUCGUGCAAGCUAUGUGGGAUCGAGAUAGCCCACUGAAGCAGAUUCCUCACUUUACGCAAGAGGUGGUCAAGGUUGCGAAUGACUUUGGUAUCAAAGAUAUCUUUGACUUCAUGGAAGCCAUGAACCCCGACGAAAACGCCGAAUACAAUAACCUGGUUAAAAGUCUUGGCCUGUCACAGAAACAGCUUGCAGAGGCAGCGGGCUUUACAAACGAUAAAUAUCCAGACCUUGAGUUCGAGCAUGAAGUCCUUGACGGAGAUGAAAUCCAGGCAGGUGAGCCAUCGUAUCUCAGCAUCAAGAUAACACGCAAUGUGGAAGAGGACGAUGAGCUCGACUCCACUGUGCACGCACCAUUCUACCCGACGAAGAAGACGGAGAACUGGUGGCUGGUGGUUGGCGAUGACAAGACUCGCAAUCUCUUGGCUAUCAAGCGAGUGACAAUUGGUCGUGAACUCAAUGUUAAACUUGAGUACACUGUACCAGCAGCAGGCGAGCAUAACCUGAAGCUCUUCUUGAUGAGCGACAGUUAUGUGGGAGUGGACCAGGAGCGCGAGUUUACAGUCACAGCGGCUGAGGGAAUGGACGUGGAUGAUGAAGACGAUGAAAAUGAGGAGGAAUAG